AUUUCAUCUUACAUCCCAUAGCUUUUCUUAUAAGAAUUUAGGUCCCUUCAAUUAACGUUUCAUAGAAACGUGCAUCCACAAGGAUGAAGUUGGUGAUUUUCAUCUCGUUGUUGCUUGUCUUUCCCUUGUGUUCUUCAGGGUUUGAGAAGGACGAUGAAGUUACUCAAGUCAGUCAACAUUCAUCAGACAAGGUUGCAUAUAGUGUUGAGAGAACGAUCGACUAUCCAGGCCCCUUUGAUCCAACUCCCAUAAUUACUCCAAUUGUGCCCUUUACUGAUCCGCCACCGCCACCACCACCGCGUCCAACAAAAAAUGAUAUCUUACAGUAAAGGAGAAAUAUAUGUAACAUUAGAUCGGUCUAUCAUUAACUGUAAUAGCAAUUACAUCAUAGUUAUCCAUGGCUAGACUGUCUAAACAUCAAUUUAUUAAUAGACUUAUCGUCAUUAAGCAAAUAAUAUAUUCCCCAAAGAUAGAAAUUCAACAAGCAGGUU